CCGGGUGAGGUGAGGUUCAAGCGUUUGUCAGCGGCUUGAGAUAAAUCUUGCACGAAGCGUAUACGACACUGCAAUGUCGAAAUGAUAACGACAAUGUAUCCAGAGUAUCCGCCCGGGCUCAACGACGAGCAAAACAAAUAUUUGCUUGCCAACCUGAAGGACUGGUCAAUAGCCCACGGCCUGGCUGUUCGACCACCUCCAGCAUACGUACCGGAAGAGCACAACCCAUUGGGUGCGUUAGCAACGACUGCACCGGUCACACUGUUCCCUAGUCUGUUCCCAAGGGUGUGCUUCGAGCAGGCAAAAUCCGUUGCGAAAGCGUACAAUGAGCUUUACUCUGCCAUAGCCAGCGAUGAAGGUUGGCUGAAGGGCAUUGUCGAAGAGCUAGUGGAUAUUGACGACUUCAUUGCACAGCUAUGGAAGGUAUACACGAGUACCAAGUCAGAAGGCUAUGUGCAGCCGCUUCAACUUGGCCUCUUCCGAUCCGACUACAUGGUCCACGUAGAUCCCGCAGAUACCAGUCCUAGCCCGGCUGUGAAGCAGGUGGAGUUCAACACGAUCGCUUCUUCCUUCGGUGGUCUGUCAAGCCAAGUCUCUGCAUUACACAAACAUCUGCUUUCGAUCGAUGCGUAUCCGGACACCAUCUCAUCGAUCGUCAACGAAGCUGCACUCCCGCAAAGUAGUUCAGUGCCGCAGCUUGCUCGUGGUAUGGCAGUAGCUCAUCAGGCUUAUGGACCUCCUGAGUCCGACAUAGAAACAUGCGUUAUCUUCCUUGUGCAGGAUCCAGAGCGCAACGUCUUCGAUCAGCGGCACCUGGAGUAUGCUCUGAACAACAACCAUGGUGUACGAACAUUUCGCCUACCCUUUGGUAGAGUGCUGGAUGACACCAAGCUCGACGCGAACCGUAAGCUGCUAUACCUUCCACCACAUGCGCCAAACAAACCAUUUGAGGUGUCUUUGGUCUACUUCCGAGCCGGAUACUCACCUGCUGAAUACCAAAGCCAAAGAGACUGGGACGGUCGGUUGCAGAUCGAGCGAAGUGCCGCAAUCAAGUGCCCUUCGAUCUUGACACAGCUGGCAGGCACCAAGAAGGUGCAGCAAGUGCUUGCGACGCCACAUUCACCGCACCUCAAGCGCUUUCUGCCUGACGAUGCUCAGGCAGCCGCAGUCUUGAAGACUUUCGCGCCCAUCUACCCGCUUGACAAGAGCGAAGCAGGCCAAGAAGCACGUAACUUGGCUACCAACCCGGAAACAGCGGUGCGAUACGUGUUGAAGCCACAGCGUGAAGGCGGUGGAAACAAUGUGUAUCGUAAGGCGAUCCCAGGCUUCCUGAAUGGCCUGCCAGAGCUGCAGUGGCCCGCACAUAUCCUAAUGGAGAUGAUUGAGCCGCCCGCGCAGAGCAAUGUCAUCUUCCGCAAUGGAGAGAUGCAAGAGGGGGGUGUUAUCUGCGAGCUGGGCAUUUACGGCGCUUGUUUGUGGAAGAACGGCGAGAAAGACGGCGAACGAGACAUCGUUGAGAACUUCGAGGCAGGCUACCUGUUGCGCACGAAAGGUUCAGGCAGCGAGGAGGGAGGCGUUGCAGUAAGUUGUUGUAGUACCCGUAACGUACUUUGGAGCUGACAGAAUCUAGGCUGGCUUCGGCUCCGUCGACUCAGCUUGUCUGGUGGAGGUCUGAUGGCUGGCGGUUUUGACUUCCGUCAGAAGCGGCAGAAGAAGAUCUUGUGGUGCAAGGCUAGGGUUGUCGUG